AUGGAUUCGAUAACCUCACCCACCUCAACGGACUCGACUGAUCUGCCGAGUCCGAGGCCCCCAAACGCGCAUCCCGCGCUCGCCAACAUCCAACUCGAUCAGAAGUUCAUCCCCAAGGUCUUCGGUCUACCUCCCAGUGCCAACAAAAGAAAUUACAUCGGGAUAGACGAUACAGUGACGCUAACGACGGACGGGCGUUGCCUCAUCAAUCGUCAGAAGGAUCCUCUAGCGUCGUGCCAUAUCACUUGGAGGCGACCCGAGAACAAUACACAAAGAGUCGUGCUUGUGCUGCGUCGGCACGACGGAAGAGUGAUUGCCGAAUACGCCAUGAGUUGCGGCAUGAGAGUCAACUUCGCUGCGGAUGGGGCCAUACAGGUUUUGCCUCCCGAUAUUAUGUAUUCCACGAGGUGGGAGAAAGAAUGUUGGCUUUGA